UGUGGGUAAGUUGUUUAUUUUGACGGAAGACACGUGCGGGCAACUUCUAAUCAUGUUUGACAAGUAGGUCAGAGAAAGUCCAUUCAGACCAGGGACAGGUGAGAUCGGACAGGUAUAAAGUGUACCACGAUGGAGGUGUUUCAGAUGGUGGAACUGGGGACCCAGGUCGUCACCUAUCUAAUGAUGAUUAGUGCAAUCCCAGCAUGUAUAGCUGUGUACAAAUCCAGGGACCCUAAUAAGAUGAACUAUAUAUUCUGUUUAUUAGGUCUCUUAAACGCCUUUGCUGGAAUAGUUUAUGGACAGAUCCUGAACAACGAUGCUCUGAUCACCAUUAACUGGGUGUGUGCAGUCUUCCAGGCUGUGUUUGUGAUGACAAUUAUACUCGUCAGUCAACCUAAGAGCAAGCCUAUGACACAAGCGACCAUGGCAGGACUUGGACUCCUGACCUUCUAUCAGUAUCUAAUACACGUUGUGGUUCACGAAAAAGCCAUACUCAACAUGCUUGGCAUGUUCAUGUUUGUUGUAGCAACAGUUACCUGGGCAACACCUGUUAUGGAAAUUAGAGACUGUAUGAGGAAGCAGAGUUCGGCCAAUAUCUCGGUCUCCAUGUUGAUUGGUGGAAUCGCCUGUGCCACCAUGUGGCUAUUCUAUGGCCUUCUGUUAAAUGACUUCUAUAUAUAUUCUCCGAAUAUAGUGGGCUUGGCUACUAGUGCAGGCAAAGUGGUUUGUAUAAUGAAAUAUGGCUCAAAGAAGAAGACUGAAUGAAAACCUCCAUUAAGUAAAAGAAAAAGAGUGUUAAUACAUGUAUAUUUAUUGAAAUUCUCAGAUGUGCCUUAAUACAGUAUGUGAUAUAUAGUAUAUCUAAAAUUAUAAGGAUACUUAGGUAGUGAAGUUUUAUUAACAAGUCACUGUUGCACUUACAAUUACUGGAUUAUAUAUAUCUCCAAUAAAAAAGCUCAACAAUUGAGACAGAAGAGAUUUUUGUUAGAUAAAUUAUGGCUACUCAUUUUGAGUGCAAGCAAAGCCUGUAUUGAUUUUGAUGUGUUAUGUGAUUGUGUAGGGCAUAUAUAUAAGUGUACACAAAAAACAUGACAUAUUUGAAUACUUAUACCAUUGAUUCUGAUUUUCACACAUUGAUGAUAAAGAAGGAAUGAGUUUUGGAUAAUAGUCUGUACAAAGAUGAUGUUAUGUAUGUAACCUGAUUUAUUCGAUUACUACUCUGUAAUUAGUGAUAAUACUCAUUUUGUGGGUGCCCACUUUAUUCUUCCAUGAAUUUCAAUUUGAAAGCUCAGGCUAUCCUUUUUGUUCUUUAUGCAAAAAAAUUUUGUUCAUGAGUAUAGAUUUUUUUUGUUUUACAUUCCCAUAAUAACUUCCAAAGUUUUACCAUUGAUUUGUCAUGGUAGCAGUAGGUAUAUAAACCAACUUUUUAUGACCAGUUUAAUUUUGAAGAAAAAGUGUUAUCAAUGUUGGUUAUGAUGACAAAUUUGCCUGUUAACCAGAUCCUUCUUAUUAUAUACUAAGAAUUUUAUGUAUUACUUGCAGUUGUUCACAGUAUCUGAGAUGUGAUAUUGCAAAUGUAUUCAAUGAGUUAUAAAGUUAGCUUAUUGUUUUGCAGUGUUUUAUCAUUUAUGGUUGUCUUGGUAAUAGUUUUUUGCUAGAUUAUUGUACUGUUGUAAUCAAAAUUGCAAGUCUGAUUUUUGAGACACAAUCAUUAAUUUUGUUUUAUAUAUUUCUGUUUAUCUUUUGUUGUUAUGCAGCUAGCUUUACUUAUAUUUUCUUAAUGUGAAAUCCAUAUUCUAUUAAUAUACAGCUCAUAUCUUGUUAUAACAUUUUCAGGGCUAGUUGUUCUCCAAUUGCUU